AUGGCGGCGUCGGGAUCGGGAGGCAACGAGCCCGGCGGACGGCCCUGGACGGCGACCAGCACGUGGGCCCCCGGUCCCGCCGGCGGGACCGUGGAGGACGCUGUCUCGUUCGAGACCUCCGACGACGACGCGGAGGCGUCACUGGCGGGCGUCGUGCUCUGCCACCCGCCGGCCGACUCGGACGGCGACAUGGCUCCCUGCCCCUGCGAGGUCACUGUUAGUUUCAGGGGAAAGUAUGAGAUUCACAGGGUAUAUGUGCGAAGCACAGCUCGGAUAUAUGAACUAUACCACUCUCCUGAUGCAAAGGGUACCAGCAAGGAUUAUCUAUGCACUGUGCGUUGUGGACUUGCUGUUAAAGAACCGCAGCCCUGUGGUGAAGAAAUUAUGUCUCAGUGGACUGGCAGUGCUUUAAACAGUGACAAGCGUGAACAUGAGGCAAAAAGUGUAAGCAGUGGUAGUGAUGAAGAUAGUUGGGUUGAUGUCAAGAUUCCAGAAUCUCCUGCACGAAAUAAAACACUAGAAUCUGAAGAUAGGAAUGUGAUUCGAACCUGCCAAGAAAAUACUCUGGCACACUAUGAAGCUACUGCCGAGAUGACUGAUGUGAACCCAUGUGUAUCUCUUACCAUCCGUCUUCUAUCACUUCAGUCAAAGACAUCAGUGCACAUUGAGGAGAUCUACAUAUUUGCGGAUCCUGUUGAGUUCACCAAUGAUGAUUCAGUAAGAGGUCCUGUAAACAUGGGAGGCAGUUCUUUGCUGGCAAUGCUUGUUCCUGGCCUUAUGCAAAUGUCUAAAUCAAGGAAUUUGAAAAUUGAUGACAGUUAUUUUUCUGAUGGAUCAAGGAAUCAAGAGAGCAGCACAUGUGAAAGGGUUACACAGGAAGCAGGGCUGCGUAGCACAAACGAUUCAAAAUAUACGUCUGCAGGGAUAGAAAGUGGAAUGAGCCCUAUAAUUGGUGGUGCAGUAUCUGAUGAAAAAAGUAGCGAAGGUGAGUUCCAGUUCAAGGACCCCGAUUCUCAUCCAUUACCUGUACAAACAUUAGAAAGUACACAAGCGCCAUCAGUGAAGGACCAGCGAGAAUUGAACACAGGUCAUCUUGCUAAUCCCCUCGUGAAUGAAAACUUUACUCCUUGUAAUCAUAUUGAGAGAAAGUUGGAUACUCUGCUCUUGAAGGUAGAGAAGAUGGAAUUAUAUUGCUCAAGGUUUGAGGACAACAUGAUAAAGCCCCUUGGUAGCAUUGAGGCAAGGCUUCAACGACUGGAGGAACAGUUUAAUUCGUUCUCUGUGGAUAUUCAGUCUUUGAGAGGUUCUUCUGCAUUUAGGUCAGCACCAGAUGGUAUGUCUAAUACAACGAGCUCACAGGAGGAAGCACAUAAUGAUGCUAAUGAUAAAAGUACUCCUACAACUGACAGGAAGCCAGGUUUAGUUGUCAGGGCGCCAGAUUUUAUGUCAGAUGAUUCCUGUUGUUAUAAUGUAAUAACUAAUGGAAACCAUGUUAAUUUUCGUGGGCCUAAUGUGGUGCCAAGGCUACUUGUAAAGGUCCCUGAUUUGGUCCCUGAUUCUAUUGCUCAACCUGAGCUAACUGAUGGAAACCUUCAUGAUGGGCCUGCUCUAUCCUCUGAAAAGGAGCGUAAAACUUCCCCAGGUUUAGUUGUCAAGGUUCCUGAAUUCCCAGAUGAUGAUGAUGAUGAUGACGAAGUGGAAGAAAAGAAACAAGCUGAAGUUUGUGGUGAUGGUGAUGAUCACACAUGGUCUGAUGAUACUCCGAGGAAAAGCACAGCUGGCAACACCAAGAGCAAAAACACUGUAUCUAUCAAUGGUGCAUUGGCGUCUGCAUUGGAGGCAUUACUCACUUCUACCAAAGAAACAUCAUCUUCGAAACCUGCUGUUUGCACUACCAGUAAUUUAUGUGCUGAAAAUAUCGAUAAUUCCUUCAGUUGUUCCCUUUCUCCUGGAAAAACUUGUGAGAUGUCCACUAAAGAUGGUUCAGCUGACCAAUUUCUGGGUGCAUCUGGUGAUGCAAAUUUGGUCGGUGGCUUCAUAUCUUCUCCGGAUAUUGACACAACUCCACAUAAUUCUCUCUCAAAGGAAAUGUUGGAUAGCAGGGUUGAGAUAAAUGAACAGAACGAUGAUAUCAAUACAUCAAAGGUGGCAUUUGUUGCAAUCGCAGAACCAUUGGAUGUUCCCUCACAGACUGAUACAAUUGAGGAAUCUAUUGAUGAUGGAAGUUGCGUGAAUAGACAAAACAAUGGUCCUAAUUUGAAUGCAAUGCCAUAUGUUGUGAAUACUGGACCUUUGGAUCCUCCUACAGUUUUUGAACCUGUUGAUAGUGGAGUUGAGGUGAAUGGAAAUAGACCUUCCAUAUCCUUGGUGGAGUUUCUUGCAGCAAGGAAUGCUAGCUCUUGUAAGAAUGGUACUUCUGAGGUAUGCCUUGGUAAUGAUGGUGCUGAAAAACUGUCUUUUGAGAGAACAUCGGCUAGAGCUGAUAAAAAUUCGAAAAAUCUCAGUCAACUUCUAGUGAAGAGAGCUCUUGAAGUCGAUGCAGAUGAGGGAAUUUUUCUGUCUAGUGUACCCAUUGGGGCAAAAUUUGAAGGAUCAAGCAGUAAUGCCCCCAGAACUAGGGGUGGCGAUAUUAAUAAUACGAAAGCAGCAGUCUCAGAUGAGGAAUGUGGCCUGAAAAGUACAGAGAAUGGAUUUAGGCCUUCUUCGAUGAUGGACUCUAUAUUUUCUCAGUAUCAUGCUACAGAUUCCAAUAAAAAAUUGAUUGAGAACAGCAGUUUGGACUGGAGUCUAGAUGAGAGUUUUUCAAAACAGAAUGGGGAACAUUCCUGUUCAAGUUCGAUUAGUAUGGGUAUGGAGUCGUUUAGUGGAGCACCUGCCAGAGAACCUAUUAUUUCAGGGAAUGACACAUCAGGAAACUACGUUGAAGAUCUUGCAGGCAUUGGAGAUCGUCCUGUUGCAACACUAAUUUCUGGGGAAGAGCUGCAAAAGGUUUGUGAUUUACUUUAUGAGUUUAAGGAUGACAUGCUGGCCAUGACCUCGGCAGGAAAGGGUACAAAUAAGAGCAGCCCGUCCCUUGAAGUCUUGCUUGCUGAAUCAUCUGAUUCUGAAGCACAAAAUUCUGAUCUGGAGGGUAUUGACAGUGGUGCUGGCAUUGGCUCAACUCGACUGUUUAGUACACUCUCAUCCUCAGACGACGAUGCUUCUGCUGCGGAUGAGCCUUUAGUUGAUAUUGCUGACCUGACUACACCAUCAGAACCAUAUACUUCUGCUCUUAAUAAGCCUCUGGUUGACGUGGCUGACUUGACAAACCCUUCAGGGAUAGAUGCUUCUUCAGUGAAUGAGCCUUCAGCUGAUGUGGUUGAUCUGCCACAUACUUCAAACGAGCCUUUGGUCAGUUUGGAUGAUCUGCCAAAACCUCCAGAGACGUCUUUUGGUGGGAGCAGUGGAGAACAUCUUGACAGUCUUAUAUGA